UUCUAUACUAACGAAACUAUUUGGGAUUGAGCUGAAGUUCAUUCUCCAGUGAAAUGUAUGAUCAUCUGUUUUCAUCAUUCUUGUUUUGUUUCUAGAAAUAUUCAAAAUAAGUGGCUGCCUAUCUUAUAGAUAUGUGGUCUAACACUAUCAUUUGGCCGCCACAAUGAUAAAUAAAUCCAGCAUCAACUUGAAAAAAAAGAGAGGUUAUUUGGCUACUUGUGAUUUGUAUAAUUGUAUAAAACUAUAAAUGAUCUUAUCUGGUGGUCUCUUAUGCAUGAAUAUUUCUGAUUUGUAGAUCUGAUCUGAAAAAUCUACCAUCUUACCUUGCCACUGACCAAGAUGGUAGCCAACACAAAGGAUAUUGCAGCAACCACUUAUGACAGGAAAAGUGAACUACAAGCUUUUGAUGACACAAAGGAGGGUGUCAAAGGCCUUGUUGAUGCUGGCAUAACCGAGAUUCCUCGAAUUUUUCAUCAUCCACCAGAUCAGUACAAUAUCAUCAAUACCUCUGAUAUAGAAGAAAACCAAUUCACCAUUCCAGUCGUUGACCUCGGAGGCCUUUCCGAUCCAGCUAAACAAAAGGAGAUUGUUGCAAGAGUUGGAGAAGCAUCAGAGACUUGGGGCUUCUUUCAGAUAAUCAACCAUGGAAUACCUGUUCCUGUUCUUGAGGAGAUGAAAAAUGGGGUACUUAGAUUUUAUGAGCAAGACUCUGAGGUGAAGAAACAGUUUUAUUGUCGCGAUGACUUCAGCAAGCCUUGGCAGUACAAUAGCAACUUUGAUCUAUACAGUGCACCGUCAACUAAUUGGAGGGACACUUUCAUGUGUUACAUGGCUCCAACUCCUACUAAGCCAGAAGACAUGCCAGAAGUAUGCAGGGAUGAAAUGGCUGAGUACUCGAAGGAAGUUAUGAAGUUGGGGAAGAUACUGUUUGAGUUGUUGUCCGAAGCUCUUGGACUCGAGCCAAGUCACUUGAAUGACAUAGAUUGUGGUGAGGGACUUCUAGUUUUAGGCCAUUACUAUCCUGCUUGUUCACAACCAGAGUUAACAAUGGGCACAAGCAAGCAUGCUGACGGCGGCUUCCUCACUGUCCUUCUGCAAGAUCAUAUCGGUGGUCUACAGGUCCUUCAUCAGAACAAGUGGAUUCAUGUUCCUCCUGUGACUGGGGCUCUAGUGGUCAACAUUGGAGAUCUUCUUCAGCUUAUAUCAAAUGACAGAUUCAGGAGUGUAGAGCACAGGGUACUGGCAAACCAUAGAGGUCCAAGGAUAUCGGUUGCGAGCUUUUUUUGCACAGGAAUGCUGCCAUCAACAAAGCUUUAUGGACCAAUCAAGGAUUUAUUAUCAGAAGACAAUCCUCCAAAGUACAGGGAGACCACUGUGAGGGAUUAUGUUGCAUACCACAGCCAGAAAGGCUUGGAUGGUAAAUCUUCCUUGUCUCAUGUCAAGCUUUGA